AUGGCAUCGAAGCUUCCCUCGAACAUUGACCGCGCACGUCUGGUUCAUAAUCUUACCCGUGCUUAUGGUCUUCUUGGUUCUGGGAAGAUCGAGAUUAUUGAGCCGAGAGCGGCGGAGGAGGGGGAGAUUGGGGUUUAUCAUGACGAGGGGAUGGUCAGGUAUUUGUUGCAUGGGGAGGUGGAGGGCGAGGAGGAGAGCAGUGGGAGUGAGGGAGAGAGGGAGGAGGAAAGAGAUGGAGGUGGAGGGAGGAAGAUGGAGAAGGGUGAGAGGUAUGGGUUGAUGUAUGAUUGUCCGGAGUUCGAAGGGAUGGGGGAGUAUGUCCGGUAUGUAGCAGGUACGUCGAUUGAGGCAGCAACCAGACUCCUGACCCAGGAACUCACACACGCAAUCCACUGGGACGGCGGACGACACCACGCACGCCGUGCUUCCGCCGCUGGGUUCUGUUAUGUCAAUGACGCCGUCCUCGCAAUUCUUAAGCUGCGUACGCAGUUUGAUAGGGUGUUGUAUAUCGACGUGGAUUUACACCACGGCGACGGCGUCGAGCAAGCAUUCAUCCGGUCAGACCGAGUCUGUACCGUCUCUUUCCACCGAUACGAUCCCGGCUUCUAUCCCGGUACAGGUAGUGUCCGGGACUGUGGAAAAGGCAAGGGAGCGGGAUACGCGAUUAACGUACCACUGAAACGUGGGCUUGGAGGCGCGAUGUUGGGGAAAUGCUGGGAUGAAGUCGUGGAAAAGAUCGUGGAGGUUUGGAGGCCGGGAGCUGUGGUGGUGUGUUGUGGGGUUGAUGGGAUGACGAGGGAUAGGCAUAAAAUGUGGAAUCUCGCACCGGAGGAUUACGCAGAUUGCGUCCGAAAGGUUCUUGAGUGGGACAUACCGACGCUUUUCUUGGGCGGUGGGGGGUAUAACCAUGCGGACGCAGCACGGUGUUGGACAUAUCUCACGAGUGUGAUCGUGGGCUCGGGAGUGGAGUUGGAGUUGAGCAGAGAGAUACCGGAGGAGCUUGAGGCUGUGGAUUACGAUGCUUUUGGGCCAGAUUAUGAGUUGAGCGUUGAGAGGGGCCAGCAGGGUGAUGAGAAUACGGAGGAGAGUUUGGGGGAGGUGGUGGGGAGUUUGAGGGAGUAUAUUGAAAAGAUGAGGGCUUGA